GGCGCGGCUCCCCAAGCUCUGUCCAAUCAGGCCCCUGGGACGGGACGUCUCCGUCCUCCUAGCCGUGAGUGUCCCGCCUGUCCCUAGCGGUCCCCGGCGUCCCUGUUCCUGUCUUGCUCACCUGCGCCGGUAGCGGAGAAAUCGCCCCGGGACAUGGACUCAGUGGUCUUUGAGGAUGUGGCUGUGGACUUCACCCUGGAGGAGUGGGUUUUGCUGGAUUCUGCUCAGAGGGACCUGUACAGAGAUGUGAUGCUGGAGACCUUUCAGAACCUGGCCUCAGUAGAUGAUGAAACUCAAUUUAAGGCCAGUGGGUCAGUUUCUCAGCAGGAUAUUUAUGGAAAAAAAAUACCCAAGGAAUCUAAAAUAGCUGCGUUCACCAGAAAUGUUUCCUGGGCCUCUGUUUUAGGAAAAAUUUGGGACAGUCUUAGCAUUGAAGAUCAGCCCACAAAGCAGGGGAGAAAUCUCAGUAGAAAUCAUGUGUUGGAGAGACUCUGUGAAAGUAACAAUCAAUGUGGAGAAGCCUUCAGCCAGAUUCCACAUCUUAAUCUGUACAAGAAAAUUCCACCUGGAGUAAAACAGUGUGAAUACAACACGUACGGAAAAGUCUUCAUGCAUCACCGCACAUCCCUCAAGAGUCCCAUCACAGUUCACACUGGACACAAACUAUAUCAGUGCCAGGAAUGUGGGCAGGCCUACGGUUGUCGUUCACACCUAAGAAUGCAUGUGAGAACCCACAAUGGAGAGAGACCCUAUGUGUGUAAAUUAUGUGGGAAAACCUUUCCUCGUACUUCCUCCCUUAAUCGGCAUGUAAGGAUUCACACUGCUGAGAAAACCUACGAAUGUAAACAAUGUGGGAAAGCCUUCAUUGAUUUCUCAAGUCUUACUAGUCAUCUCAGAAGUCACACCGGAGAGAAGCCAUAUAAGUGUAAGGAAUGUGGGAAAGCUUUCAGUUAUUCCUCGACGUUUCGAAGACACACAAUAACACACACUGGCGAGAAGCCAUAUAAAUGUCAGGAAUGUGGGGAAGCCUUUAGUUAUUCCUCAACUUUUCGAAGACAUAUGAUUUCACACACUGGAGAGAAGCCACAUAAAUGUAAAGAAUGUGGGGAAGCCUUCAGUUAUUCUUCGACUUUUCGAAGACACAUGAUAACACACACUGGAGAGAAACCCUAUGAAUGCAAACAGUGUGGGAAAACCUUCAUUUACCUCCAGUCCUUUCGAAGACAUGAGAGAAUUCACACUGGAGAGAAACCCUACGAAUGCAAACAGUGUGGGAAAACCUUCAUUUAUCCCCAGUCCUUUCGAAGACAUGAAAGGACUCAUGGUGGAGAGAAACCCUAUGAGUGCAACCAGUGUGGGAAAGCAUUCAGUCACCCCUCAUCCUUUCGAGGACACAUGAGAGUGCACACUGGAGAGAAACCCUAUGAGUGCAAGCAGUGUGGGAAAACUUUCAAUUGGCCCAUAUCUUUACGAAAACAUAUGAGGACACACACUAGGGAGAAACCCUAUGAAUGUAAGCAGUGUGGGAAAGCCUUCAGCUUAUCCGCUUGCUUUCGAGAACAUGUGAGAAUGCACCCUGAAGACAAAUCCUAUGAAUGCAAGCUAUGUGGGAAAGCUUUCUAUUGCCACAUAUCCUUACAAAAACAUAUGAGAAGGCAUACCGCAGAGAAACUCUAUGAAUGCAAGCAGUGUGGGAAAGCUUUCAGUUGGCCUGAACUUUUGCAACAACAUGUGAGAACGCACACUGUAGAGAAGCCCUAUGAAUGUAAGGAAUGUGGGAAGGUCUUCAAAUGGCCGUCAUCUUUACCAAUACAUAUGAGACUGCACACUGGAGAGAAACCUUAUCAAUGUAAGCAUUGUGGGAAAGCAUUCAAUUGUUCCUCAUCCUUAAGACGACAUGUGAGAAUACACACUACAGAAAAACAGUAUAAGUGUAAUAUGGGACAUCCUCCUACAAAUGAAUUCAUGUGCAAUGCUUCAGAAAAGUCACACCAGGAGAGAGAUCUGAUCAAAGUUGUAAAUAUGGUGUUGCCUUUAUGAGUUCCUUAUCCUGAAAGUGGACACUUAAGGAAUGUGUCUGUAGUUCAUUUGCAAGUAAACAUUUAGGUGAAAAAUAAUUCUCCAAAUACUCUUAGCUCUUCUACAUGAAUUUUAACAGGUAGUUUCUUUUCUUACAAUUCAGUAAAUAAAACUUUCAUCUUAGAGUGUUUUGGACUUAGGGAUGAUUUGAAGUGCAUUUUUAAUAUGCAAGUAGGUUCAAGUUUUAUUUAAUAUCUUAAAUUGUAACUGACCUAGUGUGGCAGGUAUUGGAUAUCACUUAUCUAUUAUAUUUUCCACCCUUCUUACUGGGAGUAUUUUUAUUGUUUGGCCAGAGGACCCUUAUUCCAUUUUCUAAGAAGUAGUUGGCAGAAUUUUGUAAUUAUGCAAAGUUGUCUAAAGAGUACAGUCUCAAAUGAAUUGUAAUUUUUAAUGUUUGCCCUUUGCUGUUUGUCUCUGCUUGUGAUUGUGAAUUGGACAGUAGGCUUUGACUUGUGAUAUGACAGAGAAAUCCAGAGUUGCAGAUAGUUCUUCCGCAUUGUUAUGUCAAUGUGGGAAUUGUUAGGAACUUCAUUUGCUGGAAUGCAUUUCCUUUAUGGUUCCAUGUCCAAAUUUACCAAUAGCAAUAACUUGAAUGAAAUUUAGAAUGAAGAAGUGAAGAAGUCACUGCUGAGCUUUUGAGGUCGCAUUAAAUGAAGACAGACAGAUGCAUAGGGGCUUCGUGAACAUCAAACUUCAGCUUAUUUUCCAGAUUCUUGUUCCUGCCAAUUAAGAGUACCAUCAAAAGAAACACUUAAGUGCUUGAUUUCCACUGUGUCAGAGGUGUAGUCUUCCACAGACAUCUCCAUGAACUUGAUAUCAGGGAUAUGCCUGUGUGAUCAGUCACCUACAGUCUGGAUUUUUCUCAAAACCCUGCAUGACCUCUUGACCACUGAGUCAGACUGUCUUGUUUGGCAAUCUCUGAGCUUCUGAUUCUCCCGUUCUGUAGAUCUUAACAUAUUUGCAUGGGGUCUAAUUUAUAUCGUGAACACCUUGUUAUCUUAAUAUUUCCAGUGGCUCUGUGAUCCUGGUUCCACCACGAAAGCCACAGUGUUGCA